GAACAAAUGUCUCUCGUCCUGCUUACACACACAAACACACUGCCUGCCUGCCUGUCCGUCUGUCCGUCUGUUGGUCGAAACUAAAGAAGAGGAGAAAAUCCAACACCUGAAGCUCUUACUUGAAAAUUGUAACCAUGGAUACAGCAGAGUUCCGACGCAGGGGGAAGGAGAUGGUUGACUAUGUGGCCGAUUACCUGGAAAACAUCGAGCAGCGACCGGUCUACCCAGAUGUGGAACCAGGGUAUCUCCGAUCUUUGAUCCCCACUGAUGCCCCACUGGAGCCUGAGAAAUAUGACGAUAUUAUAACAGACGUGGAGAGGGUCAUAAUGCCAGGGAUCACUCACUGGCACAGCCCAUACUUCUAUGCCUACUUUUCAGCCGCUUCCUCUUACCCUGCCAUGUUGGCUGAUAUGCUGUGUUCAGCUAUCGGAUGCAUUGGAUUUUCCUGGGCUGCCAGCCCAGCGUGUACAGAGCUGGAGACGGUGAUGUUAGACUGGUUGGGAAAGAUGCUGAAACUGCCUGAGGAGUUUAUCGCUGGGACUGAAGGCCACGGGGGAGGAGUCAUCCAGGGCACAGCCAGUGAGGCAACCCUGAUGUCCAUGCUUGCCGCCCGCUGUAAAGCAGUCCGCUGCAUUCAAGCCUCCAAUCCUGAAAAAUCAGAGGCUGAAAUCCUCUCUAAACUGGUGGCGUACACUUCUGAGCAGGCUCAUUCCUCAGUGGAGCGUGCUUCUCUGAUUGCUGGAGUGAUUAUGAAAAAGGUUCCUACAGACAACAGCUAUGCUGUAGAAGGAGCCAUGCUUAAGAAGAUGCUGGAGCAGGACAAAGCAGCUGGACUAAUCCCUUUCUAUUUCUGUGCAACCCUUGGCACCACCCCAUCAUGUGCUUUUGAUCACACCACCGAGCUGGGGCCAAUAUGCAAUGAAGAAAAUAUGUGGAUGCACAUUGAUGCAGCAUAUGCCGGGAGUGCAUUUAUCUGUCCUGAAUUUAGACCUUUGUUGAAUGGCAUCGAGUUUGCCGACUCCUUCAAUUUCAACCCACACAAGUGGCUUUUGGUCAACUUUGAUUGCUCUACAAUGUGGGUGAAGAAGAGAGAGGCAAUUAUUGGAGCCUUCAAAAUGGAACCACUCUACUUGAAACACGAAAACCAGGAGUCCGGGUUGAUCACAGAUUAUAGGCACUGGCAGAUUCCACUUGGCAGGAGAUUUCGCUCACUAAAGAUGUGGUUUGUCUUCCGUAUGUAUGGGCUCCAAGGUCUACAGGAUCAUAUACGCAAGCAAGUGACCCUGGCCAAAGAGUUUGAGUGUCUCGUGCAAGCAGACAACAGGUUUGAGAUCUGUGCAAAGGUCAUCAUGGGACUGGUCUGCUUCAGGCUCAAGGGCUCCAAUGGGUUGAGCGAGCUCUUGCUGAAAAGGAUCACCAAGAGCAGAGAAAUCCAUCUGGUGCCUUGCCAGCUCUCCGGCCGCUUUGUCCUGCGCUUUGCCAUCUGUGCACGCAGUACUGACUCAAGACACAUCCAGCAUGCAUGGCAGCACAUCGCGAAGCUCACCACUGAGCUUUUGCUGGAAUCCAAGCAUUAACCAAAAAGGCUGUAAAGUGGCUGUCCACUCUGAUUCUGAAAGCAGGACCAAAGUUAGUACAAAAAUCAUGUUGCAGGUAAAAAAUGUCAUAAAGGGAAUGAAUAAUGACUCCAUAACUCACGCAGUCUGGUAACAGUCUGUCUGAAUCCAAGUUAUCUAGUCCAGGAAAUACCAUCAAUAUUUUGCGGAUUUUGCAAAUUAUUGUGUGUGAAUUUCUUUUAACUAUAAAUCUACAAAAAAACAAAUGUGUAUGCAAGAAAAUAAUACACAUUAAAAUGUUACAUUUUCAAUCUGCAACUUCUCCCCCCAUUGACUUCACUUUAAAUGUCACUGUUUAAUGAAUAUGUAAUGGCCCUCAUCAUAAUGCAAUCAUGCUGAUAUUUUAACCGUCUAUGCCGCUUCUGUGUCUUCUACAUAAACACAAUUGUGAUUGGUUUGGAGCAAGUUUUUGUGUUAAUAUUGCACAUUUUAUGUCUGACCUAAUUUUCGGAGUAUGUGUGUGUUUGUAAUUUUCUAAGGGUGCUGUUUAUUUGAUGUCUAUGUUAAGUGGUACGCUUAAGUUGUAAUUGUGUGAAAAAGUUAUUUUAUCCAUUGCUCAUGUUAUUUGGAGAUAUAUUUUGUGGAGGGCUUCAUAAAGCCUGUGAAGGCAAAUAAUGUGUUGCUCCUACUAAUCAGGUAUAACCCUAUUAUAAGUGCAUUCAUUUAUUUAUGACCUUAUUGGCAAAAGCACUAGUGUGUAAUAUAUGAUGGCAGGCAAGGUAUAUUGUUUUAUUUUAAAAAAAUAUUUUAUAUUAUUUCAAUAGUGUCUUAUGCACAGAAGACCAGUAUUACUGAGUGCAUUCUCAAUCAUUGAAGUGAAACAGGGAAUGUAUUUGUGACACAGAUUAUUACACAUAAGUAUUGUUUUUCUGUGUCGGGAGAAAAAUAAAUCAAAUAAGCUUUGAAUUUUGUGGUAAAAAAAAACAUACUGGGACCACACGCUGUCUAUUAAGGAUUUGAUGAAUUCAAGGUCAUUCCAGUUUAGCAUUGUGUGUUCCAGUAAUGUAGGAUCCUUCACAACAUUUGUCUCUCACUGCUUGUGUAAGCCUCGGGAUUAAAAAAAAGAUUCUAAUGAUUAAUGUAAAACAAUUAGAACAAGGCUAGUCUCCUGUCUGUCGAUAAAACGUGUCACCUUUGUGUCUGAGUUCUUAUCCCUCAUAUUUGUCUGCCAGGAGAAGAAUUGCAUUUCUGUGGCAUGAACUCAUCAAACCUUGUUGUCAAUUCAUAUGAAUGUUUCAAAGUAUACUACUCUCUUGCUUGGCGGUGUGCUUCAUGCAAUGGUAGGGGUUAGUUUCAAUAAAGUCUACUCUGGUCUGCACGGCA